CCCCGCCCCGCCCCGCCCCGCCCCGCCAACUUCUUACUAUACUUUAGACGGGGAGGAUUUACCAAAAGAAAAACAAUCCAUCUCAACAUACACAGCUGUUCCCCUUACCCCAGGUUCGGGGUAGGUGAGAAGGUCUUUGAAAUGAAGGAGGUUGGGUGGUCUCUCCUGCAGGGGGGAGGGGAUUUGCACGCUAGAGGCUGAUGAGAUCUCCUGGGGACGGUCCCCAGAAUGGUGCAUUGUCCCCUAGAACGCAUCCUAGGCUGUUGUUCGUGCAGAACUUCUCAUGGGCCGUCUUGGCCUUUGAGGUCGUGGGCCCUUCUGUUUCAACAGAAACUGCUAGACUGGCGUGCCUUCUGAGCCCCAGAGUGCACGCAGGUGUGCUGGUUGUUACAGGCCACUUUCCGAGUGAACAGGGUUCCAUUGCUCCAGGAGGGUUUUGUUGGGGAUUAUGGGCUCUCCCCCUCUGAAAAUCAGGCUUCUGGCCCUUGGACAGCCCUUGGCUCAAAGGACAGUUGCUUUGCUGGGUGGUGGACAGUGUCCAGGGAGCUAGCUGUGCUGGCCAUUUGGGCCCCCGGGAAAUCUCAGACCCUGUGGCCCAGCCGGUGGCAGUGGCUGUUUGGGGCUAGGGGAGAAGUGCCUGGAGGCAGAUGGGGAGGCGAUGAGUCUUCAGAAGCCAGUCUGCCUCCAUUCUCACACGAGGCCCUCUCUUUCAGCAGGAAAUCUCCCGGUGCUGUUUGUUGGGGCCCCUGGCCUGGCGGAUUUGGGGACCAGAGUGGGGUUGGUCAUGGGGACUUUUUGCUUGGUAACACUGAGCAGCAGGGUGAGGAUCCCAAAUGGUUCUGUUUGGAGGGCCGAUCCUGGAGACUCAUGUCAGGUGUCAGGAUCAAGGGACUUGGUCUUUAGGAACCAGCGAAAUGGCACUGCCGUUGUAAUUCUGUUCUAGAGCAGAGGUUCUCCACUGAAGACAUUGGUGCUGUCUGGGGGUGUCUGUGGUGAUCACGACCGGGGGUGCUCCUGGCAUCGAAUGGGUGGGGUCAGGGAUGCUGCUGCCCCACCCCUCUGCCCAGUGCUCAGGAUGGCCCCGAAUAUCAGCAGUGCCGAGGGGGAAGAUCUGGGGACCGGAGUUCAGUCCAAGAGCCCUGUGAGGGCAGGGACUCUGCGCCCCAUAAGACUGGAGCUCAAGAACCCUGGCUUGAGUGGGUGCUAAAGGGCGGGGACAGCCAGAGGGUAGGGUAUGUUUGGCCCAUUCCGGGAGUUGGCACAGGGAGCUGAUGGCCUUCAGAGCGAGGGAGGGAAUAGUAGGCCGCCCCUCUUCUGCCUAGCAGCUUCCCGCCGUCCAGUUUCUGAUCCAUCACAGGCCCCAGCAGCCUCCCCCUUGUCAGGUCCACUCGUCACUGCCCUGGCCAGCUCUCACUCCACCUGCCCAAGAUUUGGUGCAUGCGGAGUGGCUGCAGGCGGUGGGUGGUUGGAGCCGGGCGCAUCCUGCGGCUCGCACACAGUCAGGGCUCCUUCUCGUGUGGCAUUGACGUUCCAGACGGGGGACAUCCGUGCCUCCAACCGCCAUGCAUCCUUGUGUCCUUGGCAAGUGACUGCUUUCUCCUACUGUGGCUCCCUCACUUGAGAUUGGGACAGGAGCACAUGACUCGGCCCUGCAGCCUCGAGUGGCUUAGUCCUCGACCCCCGAAAGUGGACUGUGGACUCCACUCUCUUCCUGGCUUCCUACACCUUCCCGUCAGUGAGCAGCCUCCUCCACUGGCUCUCCUUUUCAUUAUUUGCUGAAUUUUUGUUGUUAACAGAUCUAUUCAGAAAGAAUUCCCAUGCCAUGUGAUUUAGUGAUUUAAAGUACACAGUUCAGUGGUUUCCAGCUUUUGCAUCUAUCCCAUUAAUGCCAGAACAUUCUCAUCCGAACAAACCUCCUUCCCUUUACCUAUCAGUCCUCUGCCCUCCCCAGCCCCGGCAACCACUGCCCCAUUUUCUGUCAGGAUGAGCCUGUUCUGGACGUGUCACCCACGUGGACUCACACCCCGUGUGGCCUUCCGUGUCCGGUUCCCUCCCUGAGCGUCGAGGGCUUGGGGUCCGUCCCCGGGGCCGCGCGUGUGGGCGCCUGGCCCAUCCGAGGCCGAGUGAUGUGCUGCGUGGUGGGUGGACGCUUGGACUGUGUCCACCUUUUGCCUGUUGGGACGAGAGCCGCUGCGAACCGUUGAGUGCAGGUUCCUGUGUGGUGACCCUUGUUUUUGAUCUGAACUCCGAUGCUUCUCUGCCCUCGGCACACUUUCUUGGCGGGCACACUUCACUUCCUGUCCUCGUUUGCUGCGGCUGCCCGAGGCUGGCUCCAGAACUCCAGGCCCACGUGGCCAGUGCCAGUCAGCAUCUGGGCGUCCUCCAGGCACCUGGGUUGAGUUAGCCCAGAAGAGGUCACUCUUUCCUUGAACCUUUCCCGCGCCCGGCCUCUCGGGACCGCCCGCUUCCUCACCUGGACCGGCAGGCAUGGUCCUGCUCGCCCCGCUCCCCAGUGCUCUGCCCGGUCUGCGCGUGAGGCUGCCUUCAGUGCACAGAGGCACAGCUCCCGCCGCUCCCCGCUCCCCGUGCUGCCCCACCCCCCUGCCACUAGCCCGGGGACGCCACCCGGGAGACUGCUCUUCUGGCUGGCCUUACUUUUCCCUCUUCCUGCCCCCGGCACGGCCUCACCCAGCCUCCCCGAACCUCUGUGCAGUUCUCUAGGGCAGCAACCGCUCCUUCCAGAUCCCUGUGCCUUUUUGCACAAGCUCUGUCCAGAGGAAGGAACCACCGGCUUGUGCGGGAUGCAUCGGGCUGUAUUUGCGCAGUGCCCUACAAUAAGGAGCUGACCUUGGCCGGCUGACGUUGGCCGGCGGGCUGGGCCUGCCCUGCGUCGCCAUGGACCAGGACUAUGAGCGGCGCCUCCUCCGGCAGAUCGUUGUUCAGAAUGAGAACACGAUGCCCUGCGUGGCAGAGAUGCGGCGAACCCUGACGCCCGCCAACUCUCCCGUGUCCUCCCCCAGCAAGCAUGGAGACCGCUUCAUCCCUUCCAGAGCCGGGGCCAACUGGAGCGUGAAUUUCCACAGGAUCAAUGAAAAUGAGAAGUCUCCCAGCCAAAACCGGAAAGCCAAGGACGCCACCUCAGACAACGGCAAAGACGGCCUGGCCUACUCCGCCUUGCUGAAGAACGAGCUGCUGGGAGCCGGCAUUGAGAAGGUGCAGGACCCUCAGACAGAGGACCGCAGGCUGCAGCCUUCCACGCCUGAGAAGAAGGGCCUGUUCACGUAUUCCCUCAGCACCAAGCGCUCCAGCCCUGACGAUGGCAACGAUGUGUCUCCCUACUCCUUGUCCCCUGUCAGCAACAAAAGUCAGAAGCUACUGCGGUCGCCACGGAAACCUACCCGUAAGAUCUCCAAGAUCCCCUUCAAGGUCCUGGACGCACCAGAGCUGCAGGACGACUUCUACCUGAAUCUGGUGGACUGGUCAUCCCUCAACGUGCUUAGCGUGGGGCUGGGGACCUGCGUGUACCUGUGGAGUGCCUGCACCAGCCAGGUGACCCGGCUCUGCGACCUCUCAGUGGAAGGGGACUCAGUGACGUCUGUGGGCUGGUCUGAACGGGGGAACCUCGUGGCCGUGGGCACGCACAAGGGCUUUGUGCAGAUCUGGGAUGCGGCUGCAGGGAAGAAGCUGUCCAUGCUGGAAGGACACACGGCUCGUGUCGGGGCGCUGGCCUGGAAUGCUGACCAGCUCUCGUCUGGGAGCCGGGACCGCAUGAUCCUGCAGAGGGACAUCCGGACCCCGCCCCUGCAGUCGGAGCGGCGGCUGCAGGGCCACCGGCAGGAGGUGUGUGGGCUCAAGUGGUCCACGGACCACCAGCUCCUCGCCUCGGGGGGCAACGACAACAAGCUGCUGGUCUGGAACCACUCAAGCCUGAGCCCUGUGCAGCAGUACACGGAGCAUUUGGCAGCCGUGAAGGCCAUCGCCUGGUCCCCACACCAGCACGGGCUGCUGGCGUCCGGUGGUGGCACGGCCGACCGCUGCAUCCGCUUCUGGAACACGCUCACGGGGCAGCCUCUGCAGUGCAUCGAUACAGGCUCCCAGGUGUGCAACCUCGCCUGGUCCAAGCACGCCAACGAGCUGGUGAGCACACACGGCUACUCGCAGAACCAGAUCCUGGUCUGGAAGUACCCGUCCCUGACCCAGGUGGCAAAGCUGACCGGGCACUCCUACAGGGUCUUGUACCUGGCCAUGUCCCCUGAUGGAGAGGCCAUAGUCACUGGUGCUGGGGAUGAAACGCUGAGGUUCUGGAACGUCUUUAGCAAAACCCGUUCGACAAAGGUAAAGUGGGAGUCCGUGUCAGUCCUCAACCUCUUCACCAGGAUCCGGUAAAGCCUCGGGCCUCACCGUCUGGGUCAGAAGAGUCCCACCUCUCAUCGGCGUGCAUGGACCCUCCCCUCCCCAGCACGCGGUCCCUAGAGGAGACAGCCGGGGCGGGUGGGGAGUCGGGCCUGGAGAGAUCCUGAAGAUUCUCAUUAAAGCCUGAUUGUGAACCCUGGCAGCCGGUGUUUGGGGCGGGGACGUGGCCGGGCCCCAGCAGGGACCAUCUGUCUGGCUGCUCAGCUCGGAGCACGAUGGACGCCUCCUGGGACCCAGCCUGCUUCCCUCUGCGUCCGCCGCUUCAUCGUCGGGGCUGCAUGCUCUUCCCAGAAGCACGUGCUCACCGUCACCACCGCCAUCACCACUCACGCCUACGGGACAGACAGCUGGACGCCAGGCCGCUCAGAUGGGGCUGGGCAGACGGCUGGGGUCGGCCCAUGGAUCAGAGGGACAGAGCCACCUGAUAGGUUUCUCUGUGGCCAGUCCCACCGCCCUUGCCCCGGCAGCCACGCCGCUGACUUCCUCGGGGGCACGGCGCCACGUCAGGAGCGCGCCCCAGGCAGUGUCCAGGCCGAAGGAGGUCAUCUCGAGAUGGACUUGUUGUCUGCAGAAAAUGAGACAGGCCCGCUCUCUGUGUUGUGCUUACCCUGACCCCGCACUGUCCUUGUUACUAACGGGGGUCACGGCCCUGUUUUAUCCCCAAGCAGGACUCAGGUGCUUGUGGCUUGCUGGGCAGCUGGUCAGGGUGACCCAAGGGCAGAAUCGACCCUAAGGGCCGGGUCCUGUGGGCAUCUGGCCCCUCCUCCCCAGCCCCUUCCCCUACCCCAGGCCACCCCAUUGGGUCCUGUCCAUCUGUGCCAUUGCCGUGGGGCAGCCAGGGGAGGAGGCACCCGUAGGUUCCUCCAGAAACUUCCUGAGCUUCCCCCAACCCACUCUGCUCUGUCCGCAGCUGCCCGUGAGCCCAUCUCCCUCCUGCCUCAUCUCCAGACCAGGAGACCAAGAGGGAGGAAGGGAGGGUCUGCAUGUGGCCGGGGGCAUGAGUAGCAGUCCUCCCCCUCCCCCUCCCCUCCCCUCCUGGAUCACGGGGUGCUGAUGGAGUGGACAGGGUGGGGCAGGCCUGGGCUGGGGGAGUCCAGCAGAGCCCCUCCGGGUCCCAUUGGCCUUGUGCCCCCCUCCGUUGGCCAUGUGUGUGCACAUGUAUAUAUGUACUUGUGACUUUUCUUUGGACUUGUUUGUGUUCUUGUAGGUUGGUCCCAGCAAAGUUUCAGGCUGGUGGGGAAGGAGCAGUGGCUCACCCACUACCCACGGGGGGGGACAGCGCUUACCGCUCCCGAUGAGCUGAACCUGCCUGAACCAGGGGAGCGGUGGGAGCCCGCCGCCCCAGCCCCAGGCCCCGCAUCUGCCUGCCGCGGGACGGACGAGGGACAGUGUACAUAGAUGUGUGUGUUUUGAUUGGUCAAGUUAUUUUUGUUUGAGUGUUUUUUUAAGAAAACAGCCCUGACUCGGCCACGCGCUCGCCUUGUGCAGUUGCCGGAGCCUAGGAGCUGGCUGUGCCUGGGACACCGUGCCCCCCGGCCUGGAGGACCCCCGCCUGGCGGACCCGCGCCUGGGAGUUGGGACAGCGGGGCGGGAGUCUGCGUGGGGCUAAGUGCACGGCAGCGGACGGGGGGCGCCUGGUGCAGAGCGAGCCUUGUUUCUUGUGAAAUGCGUCGUCGUCAUUAAACCAGUUGUGGGUUCAUGCACUGCUAGGGCUGGCUGUCCAUCUGUCUGGUCCCCAGCUGGGGUGUCUAGAUGUCGCACACGGGGGCAGGCAGCUCGUCCUGGCUGAGCUGGUUAUGGAGAAGACUCACGGGCAGUCUACAAGAGGUGCCGGUGACCCCGAGUUCAGGGUCCCCUGGGGCCGAGGACGGGGGUGUGGCCAGCGCUUGUGGCCCAGCUAGGGUGUGGCUGCUGUGGGGAGGAGGCACCCCCCUGGCUGCCAUCUGGAAGGGGGAGAGUAGGGCGGGAGUGGCGGGGUAAAGGGAGGGCCGCGGGCGGAGGAGCAGAUGAGGACGGGGGGGGGGGUGUUAGAGGUGAGGGGGCCGCACAGCAGCUGUCAGGUGGGGCACACGCUGCUGCCCCCUCCACCUGACAGAUGGGGAAACUGAGGCCAGUGGGUGACCUCGCUGGCCCAGCAUCUCAGGGGAGGCUGGGGGUGUGGGGGGCAGGCAAGAGUUGUUUCUGUUGAUCCUUGCAUGUGGCUUUUGUGGGAAAGGGAAAGCGAUUUAGUAGUAGUGGGGGGGGUGAGGCAGGGGCCUGUGGGGGGCAGGGAGGCCGCAGGGGAGGACGUGGGGGGGCGGCAGGAGUGGGGGCUGAGGACGCCCGCGAGGACCAUAGAAGAGGGGGAUUUGGAGGUGAUCAAGGGGAGCAGAGGGUCUUGGGGCUGGAGAGGAAAGCCAGCCCAGGCCAGAGGAGUGGUGACUGCAGCAGGACCCGGCAGGUCAGGGGCCCCAGGGGUUCCGGAGAAGAAGGGUGAGCCCCCCCUACAGUGAGCAGCUGCCCACGGCUGGCCAGCACCCAGGCCCUUCCCUGCAGGUGAGGAGCCCUGUCCUGGGCAGUGGGGACCAGAGAGACGACCGCAGCGCCUGCCCUCGUGGGCCCCAGCUGUGGUGGACAGUGAGAAGCAUGUGGCUGCGACGGGGCAGGAGGCCCUGGGGUGGGGCACCUGUGAACCCAGGGACGGAGCCGAGUGAUCAGGGGCCCAGAGAGCAGGGAGUGGGGGUGGGGGUGCGGACAGAGGGCACAGUCCCUGCGGAGGCUCUGGAGCUGCACAGGGGAGGGGACAGGGCAGGGGCGGCAGGGCCUUGGGGACCACAGGGACGACUUGGGCUUCUACCCCUAGGCAGCGGGAGCCCUGGGUGUGCACCAAGAGGGAAGUGGGGAGACUGCGUGAGACCCAGCAGCAGGGCCGGGCACGGAGCCAGGAGGCGCGGCCCAGGCAGCCAGGAGCAGGUGCAAGUGAGGGGCAGGCAGACCUCCAGUUCUUGCUACCGUUGUCGUUACUGUGGUAAAAUAUGCAUUACCAUUUACCAUCUUAAGGCAUGUAAUUCAGUGAUUUUUGGUACAUUCAUGAGGUUGUGCUGCUGUCUCUAGCUCCAGAACAUUCCGUAACCCCAUCCCAUCAGCUGUCACUCCCCCCACCCCCACCCCCGAGCCCCCUUCCCAUCCCUGGAUGUGCCUGUUCUGGAUGUUUCACAUAAAUGGACUCACACCCCG